AUGUAUUUCAGGUCCCUCAAACCCGCGGCUGCAGCCGUGGCCGCCGUUGCUGCUAUCGCCCCUAAAGACUUGAAAAUCGAUGAUCCGACUUCUAUCAAAGGCGUAGCCAAGACCAUUGCCGCGGGCGCCAUGUCCUACUACUCCGGUACCCCUGACAAGUUUGUCGACCUCCCACAGCCCCACUACUGGUGGCAGGCCGGCGCCCUGAUGGGCAGCAUGCUGGACUACUCGCAUUACACCGGCGACACGAGCUACGACAAGCUUAUCUCGAGGGCUCUCUUGGACCAGGUUGGACCCGAGUUCAACUAUAUGCUGCCGUCACACUUUGGUCAGGAAGGGAACGACGACCAAGCCUUCUGGGGAUUCGCCGUCAUGUCAGCAGCCGAGAGGAACUUCCCGCACCCGGAUGAGAAUGUGCCCUCAUGGUUGCAGCUGGGCGAGAACCUGUGGAACUCGCUUGCUUCGAGGUGGAACACGACGGACUGCAACGGUGGUCUCCUGUGGCAGAUCUUUGCCUCCAACCCGAACGGGCUGGAUUACAAGAACACGGUCAGCAACGGAGGCUUCUUCCAGAUCUCGGCUCGCCUCGCUCGUGCCACUGGCAACAACACCUACCUGGAAUGGGCCGAAAGGGUGUGGGACUGGACCGAAGGGGUGGCCAUGAUCGACAAGUACUACAACGUGCACGACGGUGCGAGCGCCAGCAACAAUUGCAGCGACAUCAACCCCGUUACCUUCUCCUACAGCGCCGCCAUCUAUCUAUACGGAGCGGCCGUGCUGGCCGAUCACACCGGCGACCAGAAAUGGGCGAAACGCACCGAGGGCAUCCUUCAGGCCGCUGGGUCCUUCUUCACCCCAUUCUCCAACGCCACCAACAUCAUGUACGAGCAUGCUUGCGAACAGGUCUACUCGUGCAACGUCGACAUGCGCAGUUUUAAGGGCUACUUCUCUCGCUUCGUCUACGCCGCGAGCCUGUACGUCCCGACGAUCCAGUCCACCAUCGACGAGAAGUGGCACACCACAGCGCUGGCGGCCGCCAAGGCGUGCUCGGGUGGUGACCAGGGCACGACGUGCGGGCAGAAGUGGUAUGUUGGCGGGUUUGACGGGCUCGCUGGGCUGGGCGAGGAGAUGUGUGCUCUUGAGACCAUCCAGGGGCUACUCGUGGGCGAUGCUCCGGCCCCGUUGAAGGGAAAGGACAUCAAAACUGUCCGCACUUUUGCGUAA